CUCACGAAGCACCACUCACUCAGUCCUGGUCCUCGCAUCGCCUCUCCUCUUCCCAUCUCUCCCAUUCUCCUCGACUCAAAAGCAAAACAGAUGGUGGGAAAGCAGCACAUCUGUUCGGGCGCUCUGCAACAAUAGACCGCAUCGAGCUGGAGUCGAGCCUGGUCAUGUCAGCUUCCGAGAGCUGCUAAGGAUUCGGUGUGUUUUCGCCUUUCACAAAGGCUGCCGAGGGAGGACCGCGCGUCUGUCUGGGUUCUCCAACGAGCGGAGAAGAUGGCGGCCAUUAAGAUUUUAACCAGCGCGGGGCUUUUCUUGGCGUUUUGCGCACUGGUCUUGUUGACUAUGGCCAUCUGCACCGAUUACUGGUACGAGACGGAUGCUCGGCGGCAUCGCGAGCGCUGUAAGAACUACGCAAACAAGCGUAACGAUCCCGGAUACAUUUACAUCUCAAAUCACAACUUGCCUCUCCAGAUGCCUCCAAAGGGCUAUGAGAGGAAAGCGACGGAGACACGCCUGAAGCGGCACGCUCCAGCUUCGGCGACGGCCAUGGAGUCUCACUGUGGCCGCCAGUUCAAUUCCACGAUCUCCGGUCUGUGGAGAAAGUGCCAUCGCGAGGGCUUUGACCUGGAGACCGAGGAUCUCAUUUACAAAGGGUUGAUUCAGAGAUGCACCUCUGUGAAGUAUCAUUACACCUCUUCAAUCCUGCCUCGAAACCUUCCUGUCAACAUCACCAAGACCAUCCGACAAGAUGAGUGGCAUGCCCUGCACCUCCGGAGGAUGACAGCAGGUUUUGUGGGCAUGGCUGUCUCUAUCAUCCUUUUUGGCUGGGUCAUCGGAGUUCUUGGAUGCUGUCAACAACAUGAUCUCAUGCAGUAUGUAGCUGGACUACUCUUCCUCAUGGGCGGAACCUGCUGUAUUAUCUCCCUUUGUACGUGUGUGGCGGGCAUUAACUUUGAGUUGUCGCGUUAUCCACGUUACCUGUACGGCCUUCCAGAGGACAUCAGUCAUGGGUAUGGCUGGUCCAUGUUCUGUGCCUGGGGCGGACUGGGUCUCACCCUGCUGGCCGGGUUCUUAUGCACGCUGGCCCCUUCUUUAAGCAGCCCCUUGGCCCGCACCACAGUCCACAAAUCCAGGCAUGAAAAUGGAACUGUGUGAUAAGAGACUUCUGGAGCAACAUUGCAGCAACUUUUCACAACAUGUAUACAGCAUCUACGUAAGGACAAAGCAUCUGGCCUCUUCAUCAUCAUGCAGUAUCCUGACUGGAUCAUUCCUCCAGUGGCUUUUGGGCUCUUGU